AUGCCUCCACCGCCGCAUUCGAGGCCGGAGAACGUGCUCAAGCGAGCGCAGGAGCUCAUCGGCGUCGGGCAGCAGAGCGCGGCGCUCAGCAUCUUGAGCGAACAUGUCACCUCGAAGAGAACCCGGAACAGCACCAUCGCGGCCCUCGAGCCGGUGAUGCUGCUGUUUGUCGAAUUAUGCGUCGACCUCCGCAAAGGCAAGUCCGCGAAGGACGGGCUCUACAACUACAAGAACACGAGCCAAAACACCAACGUGGCCACCAUCGAGCUCGUCUUCCGCCGCUUCAUCGAACUCGCAGAACAGAAGGUCACCGAGGCCCAGAAGAAGGCCGAUGAAGUCUCGGCGCAGGAGACGAGCCCCGAGUCUGCAGAUGCAUCGCUGGCAAAUGUGACGGAUCUGGAGGCCAUGGAAACACCAGAGUCUAUUCUCCUCUCGACUGUUUCCGGCGAGCAGUCCAAGGACAGGACCGACCGCGCAAUCGUCACGCCAUGGCUGAAGUUUCUGUGGGAGACAUACCGCACUGUCCUGGACAUCUUCAAGAACAAUGCUCGUCUGGAGGUCAUGUACCAGACAACUGCCCACCAGGCCUUCCAGUUCUGCUUGAAGUACACCCGAAAGACCGAGUUCCGCCGUCUUUGCGAACUGCUCCGCAACCACUUGCAGAAUGCUGCCAAGUACUCACAGCAGGUGCAUGCAAUCAACCUUAGUGACCCGGAGACACUUCAGCGCCAUCUUGAUACCCGCUUCAUGCAGCUGAAUGUCGCUGUCGAGCUGGAACUCUGGCAGGAGGCCUUCAAGAGUGUCGAGGACAUUCACACUCUCCUGAGCUUGUCGAAGAGACUACCAAAGAACUCCAUGAUGGCCAACUACUACGAAAAAUUGACGCGUAUCUUCCUCGUCAGCGAGAACUACUUGUUCCACGCCGCCGCAUGGAGUCGCUACUACAACCUGCUGACCACCUCGGCACGCCAGGUCGCUGCUGGCGCUCCGAAGAAGGACAACCCGACCAACAUCUCUGACGCUGAUCUCUCCAAGGCAGCUUCGUUCGUGCUCCUGUCGGCCUUGUCCAUCCCUGUCAUCAGCACCUCUCGCUCCCGUGGCGCCCUUAUCGACGUUGAUGCAGCCCGAAACACGAAGAACGCACGCCUGACCAGCCUGCUCAGCAUGAGCACCCCACCAACUCGUUCCAUCCUGUUCAAGGAUGCCAUGAACAAAGACAUUCUCCAGCGCGCACGCCCAGAAAUCCGCGACCUCUACAACAUUCUGGAGACGGACUUCCACCCCAAGUCCAUCUGCGAGAAAGUGUCGCCAAUUUUGUCCAAAAUUGGAGCGGAAGAAGAAAUGCAGAAGUACAUCUCGCCUCUGCAACAAGUCAUCCUGACCCGCCUCUUCCAGCAAUUGUCCCAGGUCUACACUGACGUCAAGCUGGAAGAUGUCCUGGCAUUAGCUCAGUUCCCGGAUCCCUUCCAGGUCUCUGCUGCCACCAUUGAGAAGUUCAUCAUGAAUGGUUGCAAGAAGGGUGAUCUGUCCAUCCGUAUCGACCAUUCCACUGGAAUUCUCACUUUCGACUCGGACGUGUUCUCUUCUGCAAAGGCAAUGCACCCAGGAUCAGGCGCUGGCUCUGCCGAGACCGAUGCCAGCUCUGUACAACGAUUGCAGAGUACCCCAGCCGAGAUUGUCCGCUCGCAGCUCACUCGCCUGUCCAAGGCUCUUUAUAUUGCUGUCCAAUACGUUGAUCCAUCAUUCAACGAGGACCGCCAGAAGUCGAAGCUGGCCGCUCUGAAGCGUGCUGAAGCAGGAUUCGAGAAGGAGCACGCAGAUCUUCUCGCCCGACGAGAGCAGAUUCAAAAGAAGAAGGAAACAGCAGCGAAUGUGCAGCUUGCCAAGCAGCGAGAGGAGGAGCAAAAGAGGAAGGUGCGACAGCAAGAACUUCAAGCUGCUGAGACUGAGCGUCUGGCUCAAGAGACCCGUGACCGAGAAGAGCGUCGGUUGCAAGCCGAGAGGAAGAAGGUGCAGCGUGAAGAAGCCGAGAAGCAGCUCAACGAGCUCAAGAAGGGAGUAAAGGGUGUCGAUAUUUCCGGUCUCGACAUUGACGAUCUAGACUCUGGGCGGAUUCGUAUGCUGAAGCUGCAGGCUCUGGAGCGUGAGAAGAACGAGAUUGGGGAGAAACUGCGUGUUGCGGGCAAGAGGAUCGACCAUCUGGAGCGUGCCUACCGCAAGGAAGAGAUCAAGCACUUGGGAGAUGACUACGCGGCUCAACGUGACCGCGAUGUCCAAGCGUACGAGGCCAGCAAAGCCGAGACUCUAGCAAACGCGGAGCAAAAGCACAAGGAAGAAGUCGCGUUGAAGCAUCGUCUCAGCAGACUUGUGGGACACUACGAGGGCUUCAAGAAAGACAUCACUGAGCAACGCCACGCUGACUUCGAGAAACGCCGCCGCGCUGCGGAGAGGGAACUCAACGCCGCCAUGGACAAGAGACGACGCGAGGUCCGCGAGAGAAAGGCUGCCGAAAAGCGUCGUGUGGAAGAAGAGGCCCGUGCACGACAAGAAGAAGAAGAGCGGGCGAGAAUUGAGGAGGAAGAGGCUGCACGUGCCGCCGAGGAAAAGAGAGUCAAGGAUGCAGAAGCCAAGGCAGAAGCUGAGCAGCGUCGACAAGAACGCGCAGAGGCAGCCCGCAAACAGAUGGAGCGUGAGGAAGAAGCAGAGCGACGACGUCUCGAGCGCAAGCAGGGCGGCGCCGGUCCUGGCGCGACUGCUGCACCACCAACAACCCGACCAGAUCCCUUUGGCCGCCGCGCAGAGCCAGCAGCUGCCGACCAGCCACCGCCCUCCGCCGGCGGACCACCACGUCUUCAACUCGCCGGCAAUACUGGCAAGCCCAGCUGGCGCGAGCGUGAAGCUGCCAGAGUCGCUGGUGGCGAUAGUGCUGCCGCCACUCCCCCGCCAGCACCUCCAGCUACACCUCCAGCUGAUGAGCGUGUUGUGACUGAAGAGGCAUCUCUGCCUAAGAAAGGAGGCUAUUUGCCACCAGCAUUGAGAGGAAAGGCACCGGGUGCCGACUCCGCCCCACCACCUCCUCCACCAGCAGGCGAGAAGAGUGAGCGGUGGGCGCCACGUCGGCGAGAGGGCGAAGACAGAGGCGAUGCCCCAUCGCCAGCAGGCGGAAGCGCUUAUCGACCACCUGGUGCGAGGCCUGGCGGUGCAAGCACUGGUGGAGCAUACAGACCACCUGGUGCUCGUCGGGGAUAG